AUGAAAUCUGUUUUGCUAUUUUUGGCUUUCAGUAUUACUACCUUACUCAAUGUUCUCAAAGGUGAAUAUUGUGAGGAUUCGAAUAACAAUUGCCGCGAUUGGAUUGUGUCAUAUGCUUCACUAUGUCAAACUACUGAUUAUAUCAUCAAAACAUGUCCCAAAUCAUGCGGUUUCUGCGUAAAAAAACUAGAACGAAAAUUCGAUAUUUCCCAUGUUCCUUCUCAUUUACAACCUAUCGCAUGGUUAAUUGGCAUUUGGCGAUCUGAACAUGGCGGAAAAGCGAUUUUCCCAACAAUACCUACGUUUACAUAUGGCGAACAAAUCGAAAUAUCAAUUUCUGACGAUCAUAUGACCGGAUUGAAAGCGCUCAAUUAUACAGCCUUUGCAUGGGGACUAUCGGGCCAUGAGGAAUUGCACAGCGAAUACGGUUAUAUUGCAGUGGAGCCUGAAACAAGGACUGCUUCACUUACUACUGUAAUGAAUAAUGGAAUCAUCGAGCCAAACCGAAUUGAAUUUCAUUUGAAAGAUAUUGGACGAAUUAGUUUUAGCAGAGAUCUACCAGUUCUUAGAACAAUACGAGAAUGGACAUUGCUGGACAAUAACACUUUGCAAGCACGUCUUGAUAUGGAAACAUUAACGCAUGGAAUGCAAGAACACACGUUUAUUCGUUAUCGAAGAAUUUAUCCUUAA